GGCGGCGUCGGCGGCGGGCGGCAGCAGCAGCAGUCCGUUUCCACACACGCCGUGUGUUGUAGUCGGUGUGUGUUUAUCUCGCGUCACGUUUAUUGUGUGAACCGUUCGCGGGCGGCGCUCGCGCUCUGACGCAGUUAUUACCGUAUGUGUGUGCAUGUGUGUUGGUUCGCGUGACACAAUUUGCGUGCACUAAGACCCUAUCAGCCGACGCCGUGAGUUCCCGUCGGCCGCGGGCAUCAGUGGCAAACUGGGCACCGGCGUGCGUGUGUUUAACUUUUUGACGGCCGAUCGUCGACUGCUUUGAGUUCGAUAAGAGAUAGACUUUCUGUAUCCAUCUGUCUGUGUGUGUGUGUUUCCCUCAGUUUCUGCCUCGUUUUGUUUUUUCGUUUCAAAUAUUUUUGAGCUAUUUUUUACUACGACGGGACGACAUCCGACGUCGUCGUGAACAACCGAGGUGUUAUGAAAUCGGGCGGACGUGUGUCCGUCGAUACGUUUGUAAUUGUGUGAGACCUACGUCGGACGCUCACACCGACCAUUUCCCCACCGACCGCCACCAAUCAACCGCCACACCCCGCGUCCCGUUAUCUUGUUGUACGGCGGCGUGACGAUGAUGGACGACGACGACGACUACAGCAAGACGUGCGGUCCCGUGCUGGACCGCCGUAACCCGGUGAAUCUGGACGAGCUGUUCGUGCCGCUCGGUGUUAAGUCCAAGGAAUGCGACAACCUACUGGCCGUGGCCGAGGAGGAUUCCGGAGACGAAGAUGACUUGGCAGUCGUUGAGACGGUCGCCGCCAAGGCCACGAGCUUGGUGAACGACAUCAACACGAGAUUUUCCAACGAUUGUACACAGACCGUCGGUCCGUACUUGGACAUGGCCGAUCCGUCGCGCAAGGUCAGCGUCCGUGACCUGUUUAAACCCCUAGACUUUAAAUCCAAAGAGGUACAGAACUUGGCUGAAGAACGGUCGUCAGACGACGACGAAGACGACCACCAUAACGCCGAGAGUGGUGGCGACUACCAGACGACCAGUGCAGAACACGACCAACAGCAUACCCAGACCUGUGGACCCGUCCUGAUCGACAGUGGCAGCUACUGCAACUCGCCGGCUAAACAGCAUUUGGAACGGAUUUUCGAUCAAAAUCUGGAAGAGGGUAACGACGAUCGUGAAAAGGAACAACAACAGAAGCAGGAUGAGCCGCCGCGACCACCAUCACAACUGGACGGUGCUGACGGAAACGCCGCCCAGUUGUCGGCCGAAGACGACGACGAUGACAACGACGAAGAGGGUGGCUUACAGCGGCCACCCGCAAACCCCGACCACGGUAUAUUGACCACCAAGGACGGCACGCCGCUGAUCCGACUACGGAGUAAAAAGUCCAUAAUGGAAUCUAGGUUCAAGCUCACCAUGCGCACGUGGGAUGACGUCUGGAAAUCGACAGCUUGGGCUAAGUUCGCACCGGACAAGCUGAAGCACACAUUGCAGAGGUCGACCCGGAACCAAGGAGAGUUGAAGGCCGGCGGCGACGCGGCGGCGUCAAAGAAGCCGACCGCCACGGCAGCAGCGAUGGCUGCGGCGGGAACUACCGCGACCGCGGUGCCGGUCAAGAAGAGCCGGUUCAGGGUGCACCACGUUCAGAUUGACGACCAACCGUCGGUUAUGGUGUCCUCUGCCAAGCGGUCCCCGAAACCGGCGUUGUCGUCAUCUAGCGGCAGUAGCGACACGGACAGCGAUCGGCUGCCGGCCGGCCUGCCGAUGAUCGAGAGCAACCUUAACGAGCUGACGAUGGUCGAGUCACAGCUGAAGAAGCUGGAAAGGGAGCACGAGGCUAAGCACCAGCUACUGACGCCUAAGAACGACGGUGCGGCUGAAAAGUCGGGGUCGACGGCCGAUGACGGUGGCCACAAACAGCAGCACCAGCAGCAACGGGCCGUCGGUAGUGGCGCUGGCGGCGGUGGUGACGGAAAAAAAGACAAAUCGGCCACCCCCAAGGUAGGCUCCAGGGCCGCGGAAACUCACUCCAAGCGGUUGGGCUGGCUGAAGGCGUUCCGACGCAAGUCUUCGGCCGACACGAGUUCGGACACGGCCACCCCCGCCAACCCGACGGUGGCACCACACGCCAAGCCGGUCAAACACAAGCAGCAAGCAGCCGCGUCCAAAUCGUCUGCCGCCGGUAGACAGUCAUCGUCACCCAGACAACAACAGAAACAACGUGCAUCCUCGACAGCUGGCGCCAACAGGCCGAGACAACAACAACGAGCGACGGCAGUGCCGUCCACCGCGACACCGGGCAGUGAUGCGGCCACAAAUAGCAGUUCCACAGGAGGAGGUGGAGGAGGAGGAGUUGGAGGUGGUGGUGGAGGAGUAGGUGGAGGCAGCAGUGCCUCCACGGUGACAAGUACACGCGGAUCGUCUCGCAGCCGUUCAUCGGAAGAGCCGCAUAUCGGCAAGUACAAACUGCUCAAAACCAUCGGCAAAGGCAAUUUCGCCAAAGUCAAACUAGCCAAACAUGUACCUACUGGGAAGGAGGUCGCGAUUAAAAUCAUUGAUAAAACUCAAUUAUUACCAGGAAGUUUACAAAAACUUUUUAGAGAAGUUAGAAUAAUGAAAAUGUUGGACCAUCCAAAUAUAGUUAAAUUAUUACAAGUUAUAGAAACUGAAAAAACACUAUAUUUAGUUAUGGAAUAUGCUAGUGGAGGUGAAGUAUUUGACUACUUGGUAUUACACGGGCGCAUGAGAGAAAAAGAAGCAAGAGCCAAAUUUAGACAAAUUGUUUCAGCAGUCCAAUACUGCCAUCAAAAAAGAAUCAUACACAGAGAUUUAAAGGCUGAAAACUUAUUACUGGAUAGUGAAAUGAACAUAAAAAUAGCAGAUUUUGGGUUUAGCAAUGAGUUCACACCUGGUGGUAAACUUUAUACAUUUUGCGGUAGUCCUCCAUAUGCUGCACCUGAACUAUUCCAAGGAAAGCGUUAUGAUGGCCCAGAAGUAGACGUUUGGUCAUUAGGAGUUAUUUUGUAUACUUUGGUUAGCGGUUCUUUGCCUUUUGACGGUUCUACCCUAAGAGAGCUGAGAGAAAGAGUAUUGCGUGGCAAAUAUAGAAUACCGUUUUACAUGUCAACAGAUUGUGAAAAUUUAUUGAAAAAAUUCCUUGUUUUAAAUCCACUUAAAAGAGCAUCAUUAGAAGUCAUCAUGAAAGACAAAUGGAUGAACUUGGGUUGCGAGGAAGAUGAAUUAAAACCUUAUGUAGAACCAGAACAAGAUUUCAAAGAACCAAAACGAAUAGUCUGUCGAGUUACAGAAAUAUUAGUUGGCAUGGGUUAUAGCCGUGGAGAAAUAGAAGAGAGCUUAUCUCAAGCUAAAUAUGAUGACAUAUUUGCCACUUAUUUGUUACUAGGAAGAAAAUCAAAUGAUCCUGAAAGUGAUGGUUCUCGAUCUGGUAGUUCAUUAUCUUUGAGAGGAAUCACCGGACCAAAUCCUGGCGUGAAUAACACCAACAAUGUAGUGGCCGUGAACAAUACUAAUCAAUCACCAUCACAUCGAGGUGUGCAUAGAUCAAUAUCUGCUACCAAUUCCAAACCUAGCAGAAGGGCUUCAUCUGGUGGUGAGACUUCUGCUUUGACCACAAACCAUCCAAAUUCUAGCAAUGUUCCUGCUACCAAUAAUACGCCAAACAAUCAACAAACAACCCAUAACUCAACAAAUAAAACAAGUACCACCAAUUCAACCAAUCACAAUCAUAAUGUGGCCAUUCCAAGUACUAAUUUCAAGCGUCAAAAUACUAUUGACGCGGCCAGCAUCAAAGAAAAUACGGCUCGACUAAAUUCUAGACCUGAAAAUAUAAUAGGAACAAAACAACGGUCAAUGGCUCCUGGAGGGUCAGUGGGUAGAAGGAGUACAAUUAGUUAUGAUGCUAAAGCAGCUGUUUCAACUCCUCCCGUGAUGGAUCCAGCAAGUGCGUUGGCUGUACCUAAUUCUGGUUCUGGAUGUGGAGAUACACGAUCCAAAGGUCACGUCAAAUCUGCUUCUGUGUCUAGUGCCACAGAACAUGCCACAGAACCUCCUGCCCACCCGAGGGGUGUUACUGUAUCACCUGCAUCACCAGCAGUCAAUAGCCGACAGCCAUUCCCGAGAAAUGUGCCUAGUCGCCAAACCUUCCAUUCAGGUCAAAACAGACAUAGAGGUUACACAGGCGUUGGACCUACUAACAAUACUGGCAGCCCACAUGAUCCAUCUGUGCAAAGGCCAUCAUUCUUUUCAAAAAUAUCAUCCAAGUUUGUUAAACGGCCAAUGGAUCAAAAUCUGCCCAAAAAUAAUAUUGUUAGUAAUACAGUGAAUGACGAUCAAAUGAAACCCAGAUCGUUGAGAUUCACAUGGAGUAUGAAAACGACGUCUACAAGAGACCCAAACGAGAUUAUGGCUGAAAUAAGAGAGGUGCUGGACGCCAACAAUUGCGAUUACGAACAGCGCGAGCGCUUCCUGUUGCUGUGCGUGCACGGCGACCCGAACACCGACUCGCUGGUCCAGUGGGAGAUCGAGGUGUGCAAGCUGCCCAGGCUGUCGCUGAACGGCGUCCGGUUUAAGCGCAUAUCCGGCACGUCGAUCGGGUUCAAGAACAUUGCGUCAAAAAUAGCCAACGAUCUAAAGCUCUGACUACACACCGAAAACCUGCCGUCCACAGACGAAUAGGUUUUUUGGUUUCCAUACGAAAAAAAAUUACACACACCCACACACUUACACAAACACACACGUGCGUGCGUACAUGCAUACACGGACCAGACGAGAAAGGGAGCAGCGUGAAUCAAUAACAAUAAUAUUAUAUGAUAUUAUUAUUAUUAUUAUCAUCCCUGAAAUAUUAUGUAUAUUAUUAUAUUAUUUUGUUUAUAACCAACAACAACGAACACGCUCGUCGACUGCCACGACCAGCUUUGGCCCGGUUGCAUCAUACAAAUACGUACAUAUAUAAAUACACACAAAUCUAUAAAUAUACAAAAAACAUAACGGUUUUCAAAAAUUUCUAGACGGAACGGCGGUUGAAUGUCUUGUACGCCGCCAACCGUGUUGGUCUGUGAUGAGACACGUGUUCCGGAAAAUCGAUUUGUUAAAAAGUUUUUUUAAUGAUUUUGUUUUCGUUUUCGUUAUGAUUAUUUUAUUUUUUAAUUUUGAUUUGAUUUAAUUUUUUUAAAUUUAUUGUCGUUAUGAUUAGUUUUUAUUUUCAAUAAUCUAAUUAUACUUUUGAUUUUUACUAUAAGAAUACAUUUAAAUAAAACCAAUAUCGUUAGAAAUGACCUCCCCUCUCCCCCACAACUAUUAUAAUGUAAGCAACCAGAAUUUUAUGAUUUUUGUCGAUUUUUAAAUUAUUCUACUUUUACUUACGUAUAGCUUAAACCUAUGCCAUUUAUAAUAAAUAUUUUUAUGUGUACUUACUUCCAAUAGAUAAUUGAAUUAUACAAAUCAUUUAUUAAUUACUAACAGUUUAUUUGUCGGUUAGCAAACACGUGCUUUACUAAACUACCAAACAUUUUCCUUUUCAGGGGUGUCUUGGGUAAUUUGGAUAUAUAAAUCGUCCAUAUGCCCAUUAGUUUUAAUACUAUUUAUUUAUUUAUUAUUUUUUUCAUGUAUAAAUUUAAGAUUAAUUAUUAUUAUUAAAUUAAAUAAUGUCGUGAAUAAAAUUUGAUUUAAUGGGCUGUAGAAUUUUAUUGAAGUACGUGGAAAUAUAAGGGGGAUUAUAAUUUACAUGCCACUUUUAUAAUAUUAUAAUAAUAAAACAAUCGACAUCAGAAAUAAUAUUGUAAUCGGUAACUUGAAUACCAUAAAUAACGAUUACAGCCUCAACCAAUAAAUAUUAUUACUAUUUUUAUAUUCAUAUGUAUGUUUGUUCUAAAAUGCCCGAAAUUGUAUGUGAUAUAGCAAUAUUUUUGGCAAUCCCCCUCCCCCUGACUGAUGAUCUACCAUUUUAGAGCAGAAGUGUUGAAAUAUUUACAAUGAUAAUAAUAUUUCAAUUAGUUUAAUUUACGCUUUUCUAGUAAGAACGUAUUUAUUAUUAUAAUAUUAUAUUAAUAUGUUGUAGAUCAUCAUAUCUUAUGAGAAUUAACUCUCACAUGUAAUAUAUUAUAUAUGUAUAUGUUAAAUAUAACUAUAACAAAGAGACAUCGUAUGAACGAAGAUCUUUUUUAUUAAUGCAUUUCUUUAUAAUACUCAUUUAUAUAUUACGUAAUUGGUCUCGCUAAAUUAAAAAUUGUUGUUACUAAUCAUUACAACUAGUUCUGAUGAUAUAGAAUCAGCAGAGUGCUUUGUGUAAUAUUUUCAAAAAAUUAUAUACAUGUACUACAGAUACUAUAUGUAUCUUGGGCCCACCUAUCUUGUGAAACUUGAUGUUUUUAAUGUUUUCCGUGCAAGCAUAUAAAUGUUGGCUGUGUUGAGUAGGUAAUUUAUUCAACAAAUAAAUUAUUUAUAAGUGAGCGGUUUAAUAAAUUGUUUCAUAUUAAUGCAUAUAUAUAUAUAUGUAUUUACUAAAUGUUUUGAUACAAAUUGUGUUUUAAGAAAUCAACAGCUCUGUAUGUCAUUUGUAUUUUUGCUAUUGUGUUGAGUAAUAAAAUCAGGUUUAGCAUUUGGACAUUUCCAUAUUCCAUACAUACAAAAUAUUACUAUUGCAUUUUACAUAAUUCUUAUUUUCUAAAUUAUAUAUACAUAAUACACAUAUAUAUAUAUAUAUAUAUAUAUAUAUUAUAUUAUUAUGUAUAUAUUAUUGUUAUUAUGUAAAAACAAUAAUUUAAUGAUUCAGAGUAAAUUUUGUAACGUCGUAAUCAUUGUUUGCUACAGGAAACAUAAUGUUACUGUUUAAUUAAGUAAUGUAAUGGCAUUAAGCAAUUUGGUGUUGAAUAGCACAAACCCGGUAAUCUGAUACCUAUUUAAAUUGAUAAUAUGUACGCACUAUUUCCUGCUUGUACAACAAAAUAUGGUUUUAAUGGAAUGUAUAACAAAAACAAUGUGAUAUGUGAAAUACUAUUAAAUUAAAUACUAAACAUUUUUUUUUUUAACAAUAUUAAUUAAUUACAAUUUAUAGUACAGUAACAAUAAAAGGUUAUCAGAUUUUCACCAGUGACAUUGUUUUAGCAUUACACAAAAAGAAAAAAAUGAAUUAAGUAUGUCGAUAGAUUAAUAUUAAAUAAUAUAUUAUAUAUGAUUAUAUAAAAGUUAUGUUAUAUUAUGUAUAUUUAUUUUUUUUUUUUUUACUGUAGUCAUGUAGACAAUAUUUGUUAAUACCCUGAAAAGGUUAUACCCAUGCUGUGCAGUAUGAACUUGUAAAUUUUUUCUUUAAGGUAUGUUUGUCAAAAUCAAUUAUAUAAGUUUAUUAUUUUAUGAUGUAAUAAAAU